CGCGGGGGCCCUGAGGCGGUGUCUCGGGCAAGAUGGAGGCGAGUGGCGGAGCUGAGGCGGCCGCUGCCGAGGAGGAGCUACACGAGGCGGGAGGCUCGGAGGACGAAGGCGGGGGGGACGAGGAGGAGGAGGACGCCGAGGAGACCUCGGAGGAGUCCUCGGGCGAGGAUGAGGAGAAGGAGAACGAGGCCGAGAUCCAGCGCCUGGAGGAGCAGCUGUCCAUCAAUGCAUUUGACUAUAACUGUCACCUGGACCUGAUAAAAUUGUUGCGCCAGGAAGGAGAGCUGGUGAAACUCCGAAGAGCCCGGCAGAAGAUGAGUGAACUCUUUCCUCUUACUGAAGAGAUCUGGCUAGAUUGGUUGAAGGAUGAAAUUCGAAUGGCAUCAGAUAACCCAGAGAGGGAGAAGGUCUAUGAUCUCUUUGAGAGAGCUGUGAAAGACUACAUCUGUCCUGAGAUCUGGCUCGAAUACGCUCAGUACUCGAUUGGCGGCAUUGGCCAGGAGGGCGGCAUUGAGAAAGUUUGCUCCAUAUUUGAAAGGGCACUAACCGCGGUUGGUCUUCACGUGACCAAAGGGGCUGCCGUUUGGGAGGCCUACCGAGAGUUUCAAAAUGCCAUCUUGGAAACCGUGCAGCCAGCAGCUGGCAGCGUUCCAUCCCCUGAGCAGCAGGAGACCAUCAGUGCCCAGCUGGAGAAGAUCCACACGCUCUUCAGGCGCCAGCUGGGAAUUCCACUGCUGGAUAUGGAAGCUACUUAUGCCGAAUAUGAAGAGUGGUCUGAGAAGCCAAUCCCAGAAGCAGUGGUCAAGAAUUACAAGAAGGCUUUUCAGCAGUUACAGAAAUAUAAACCCUAUGAAGAAGCUCUGCUGGUGGCUGAGACACCAAAACUGGCAGAGCAUCAAGCCUACAUUGACUUUGAGAUGAAGGGCGGGGAUCCAGCUCGCAUCCAGCUGACUUAUGAGCGAGCCCUGGCAGAGAACUGCCUCGUGCCGGACCUGUGGGCUCAGUACACCCAGUAUCUGGACAGACAGCUGAAGGUGAAGGAGCUAGUCCUUUCUGCACAUGAGCGGGCCGUCAGGAAUUGUCCGUGGACGGUCAGGCUAUGGAAGCAGUACCUGCUGGCCAUGGAGAGGCAUGAAGUCGAGCAUCAGCUCAUUUCUGAAAAUUUUGAAAAGGCUUUAAAUGCUGGCUUCAUCCAAGCUACUGACUACGUGGAAAUCUGGCAGGCCUACCUGGACUAUUUGCGAAGACGGGUGGAUUUUACUCAAGACUCCAGUAAAGAGCUGGAAGAACUGAGAUCCGCAUUUGCCCAGGCGGUGGAAUAUUUGAAGCAAGAAGUGGAAGAGCGGUUCAGCGAGAGUGGAGACCCUUCGUGUACCAUAAUGCAGACCUGGGCAAGGAUUGAGGCCCGCUUGUGCCACAACAUGCAGAAGGCGCGAGAGCUCUGGGACAGCAUCAUGACGAAAGGGAACGCCAAAUAUGCCAACAUGUGGCUGGAGUACUACAGCUUGGAGCGGGCACACGGCGAUACCCAGCACUGCAGAAAGGCCUUGCAUCGAGCUGUGCAGUGCACAACCGACUACCCAGAGCAUGUCUGUGAGGUGCUGCUGACGCUAGAAAGAAUUGAAGGCACUUUGGAAGACUGGGACGCUGCUGUUCAGAAAAUAGAGAACCGGCUUGCACGAGUGAAUGAGCAGAGAGCUAAGGCUGCUGAGAAGGAAGCUGCACUUGCUAAACAGGAAGAAGAGAGGGCUGAGCAGCGGAAGCAGUCUCGGGCGGAGAAAAGAGCAGCCAAGAAGUCCAAGAAACCCAAGGCUGGGGACAAGCGCAAAGUGAAUGAUGACGACGACGAAGAAUGGGGGCAGGAGGAGGAAGCUGACCACCCCAGCAAGAAGCAGAGGGGAGAUGGCGAUAUGCCAGAUGAAGACGAGGCGGAAGACAUGGAGACGGAAGCGGGGCUUUUUGGACGAGACAUGUCCACUAAAGCAAACCCAAAGCAGAAGGAGGAGGCGGCGGCGGCGGCUUCAAAAUGGAAAGAACCCCCCAAAAUCCUUCACAACAGGGAGAAAGAGAACGUCACAGUCUUUGUCAGCAACCUCUCCUACAGCAUGACAGAACCAGAGGCGAAGCUGCGGGAGCUUUUUGAGAGCUGUGGGGAGGUGGUGGAAAUCCGCCCCAUCUUUAACAACAAGGGGACCUUUCGGGGCUACUGCUACGUGGAAUUCAAGGACGAGAAGUCUUCCCUGCAGGCCCUUGGCCUGGACCGCAGAAUCGUCGAAGGGAGGCCAAUGUUUGUGUCUCCUUGUGUUGACAAGAACAAGAACCCCGAUUUUAAGGUGUUCAAGUACAGCACUGCCCUGGAGAAACACAAGCUCUUCAUAUCUGGCCUGCCCUUCUCCUGCACAAAGGAGGAGCUGGAAGAAGCGUGUAAGGCUCACGGGAACGUGAAGGAGAUCCGGCUGGUUACCAACCGAGCAGGAAAACCCAAGGGCCUGGCCUAUGUGGAGUUUGAGAAUGAGACGCAGGCCUCUCAAGCAGUGCUGAAGAUGGACGGCCUGACCAUUAAAGACCACGUCAUCAAGGUGGCCAUCAGCAAUCCACCUACCCGAAGGUUCCCUGAGAAGCCUGAGGCUGCGGGAAGAGCGUUCCAGGCAGGGGGCCAACGGCAGAGCUAUGGCGCCCGGGGGAAAGGAAGGACCCAGCUCUCGAUGAUGCCUCGUGCUUUGCAGCGUCAGAGCAAUCCCACAGCCAAGGCAGCCAAUGGGAUGGCUCAGAACCCACCUGCGACUCCACCCUUUUCUGUAGAGGAGCCCAAACGGCUGUCUAAUGCAGACUUUGCCAGGAUGCUUCUGAACAAAUGAACCAUGCUGGUGAAAGACCACCUUGAAAGCCUCGGGAAGUCACAACCACACGCCCAUUCUCCUCAGGACUUUUGCACCUACCGAGCUCAACAGAAUAUGGAGCUGUUGAAAUGGAGAGCAAGGAAUGGGGGAUGUUGGGUUUUGUGGUGUUGGGGGUGGGAGGAAGGCAGAAUCUGGUGAAAUGGCUUUAAAUCUUAAAAGUGCUCCCUCAUAUUGAGGGGUGUUGUGGAAGGAACUCACAUUGGAGGUUGGGGUACAAUGCCAAGUUUAACGGAGGUCCUUUGUUCUUCAGAAAUCUUCUUAACAAAACGUCUGCUGUUAACAGGAAAGCUUAUUACUGUGACUUGCAGAAUCCCACCACGAUCACAGAUCCAGUGGGUGGUCUUUGGCAGCACACGGUGCAGUUUGGGUUGGAUCCUGUGGAUCUGUUCUGCCAAUGUUGGUGGCUCCCUCUGAGAAAAAAAAAGAGUUCCUUUUGGGAUAGAGUUAUGUUUGCACUGGGGAAAGGCACGAUAGCUCAGCGGAAUGGAUUGGCAGGACCCAGCCCUUUGUACACAGACCCCAGCCUCUCCAAGGCCUGGCUGUCUCCACCUCCUCCUGUAUAAAGUUGUUAUAAAUAGUAUAACCAUAAUGGCCUAUUUUAGUACUGGGGUGCCAGGAUUGGCAUUUGUAACGAAACUGGAUUGAUGAUUUGCUCACCUUGGUAUGUUUUUCUAGAUCUAC